AUGGCCUCUACCACCGCUACCGCAGAGGGCGCGCCAACAACCAACAUCAUCAAAGACUUUGAUUCGGAUUUAGCCAGCUGCUACAACAGGCUUCAAGAAACAUUCUCUCGCGGUCACACAAAGCUUAUCCCAUGGCGUAAAUGGCAACUCAAACAGCUUUGGUGGAUGAUUGAGGACAACCAGGGCAAGAUCCUCAAUGCCCUGACAGAUGAUCUGGGCCGACAUGAGAUGGAAAGUCGUGCUUCUGACCUACUGGGUCUCAAGAUAGACAUUCUAGAACACAUCAAGCACGUUGAGGGGUGGGCAGCAACGAGGCCCGUUCCCGAUGCAGGCUUUCUCUUCGGUCGGCUAGGCAAGGCCCGCAUCAGGAUGGAGCCCAUUGGGGUCGUGUUGAUUAUCGGCGCUUGGAACUUCCCUUUUCUUUUGACGCUCCAGCCUGUUAUUGCGGCAGUUGCGGCAGGAUGCUGCGUUAUUAUCAAGCCGUCUGAGCUGGCCAUGAACUCAGAACGUGUUAUGGCAGACUUAGUCGCAUCAUAUUUGGAUCAAUCAGCCAUCAGACUUGUGACAGGUGGCCCUGAGGAGACUACCAAGAUCCUGAAGUACAGAUUUGACCACAUCUUCUUCACUGGAUCUGCCAAAGUGGCUCGCUUUAUCACAGCAGCUGCCGCCCAGAACUUGACACCUACGACACUUGAGCUAGGUGGCCAAUGCCCUGCCAUCAUAACAAAGACGGCCAAUAUAGAUCUCUCAGCAAAGCGCAUUGCGGCCGUGAAAUUCCAAAAUGCAGGCCAGAUCUGCCUCUCUGUGAACCACGUCUUUGCCGACCCAUCCAUCUACGACCAGUUCCUAGCGAGGCUGGAGUAUUGGACACGGACAUUUGCGGCUACCGGUCAAAUGUGCCAUAUCAUCAACGAGCGAAACCGCGAUCGUCUUGUCAACAUGCUCCACCAGUCCAGGGGGAGAGUCAUCUAUUGUGGCGACAAUAAUAACAUCAAAUCAAACGAGAAAACACACCUCGACGCCGUCAUUGUGGCUGACGUCUCGCCCUCGGAUGCGAUCAUGAGCGAAGAGCUCUUCGGGCCCAUAUGCCCUGUCAUCAAGGCCACGAUGGAGCAGGCCGUCGUCAUCACGAACAACCUACCACGACCGUUGGCAAUCUACAUUUUCAGUUCCGAUAAGAGCGAGAUGGACCGUCUCCAAGACUCUACCAUAUCCGGAGGUGUUACAAUAAAUGAUGCAACUAUGCACGCUGGUGUUCCAAAUGCUCCUUUUGGUGGCGUUGGAGACUCUGGCAUGGGCUUCUAUCACGGGAAAUAUGGUUUCCUAGCAUUUACGCAUCAGAGGACUGUCGUAGAGCUGCCGGCUUGGCUUGAUAAGCUUCCAGAGGGGCGAAGCAAUGAAGGAUCAACGGGUUGGCUAUACAUCUUUAUUAAGAUCGCUUUCUUGGCCGGCAGCACUCUUGACAGGAGCUUUGGCUUAUUGCUUGUACUGGCUGGCUAA